AUGAGCAACAAGAUGCACGACGAUACUUCUUCUCAAAAAGUGGCAUUCCUGGUGUAGUGAUGUGUGUUGAUGGUACACACAUAAAAAUUAUUGCACCUGUGGACGAUUACGAUCAGCAUUAUAACCGGAAGGGCUAUUACAGCCUAAACGCGAUGAUUAUUUGCGACCAUCUCAUGAAAAUUCGGUAUGUGAAUGCCAAAUUCGGAGGAGCCAAUCACGAUUCACAUAUUUGGAAUGUAAGUGGAAUGGACAACUUUUUCGAAACAAAACAUCGAAGCGGAGAAACUGCAUUCAAGCUACUAGGUGAUGCUGGAUACCCGUCAAAACCAUGGUUAAUAACACCAAAACGUAAUCCUGCUCCAAACACACCAGAAGCUGCCUUUAAUAAAAACCAUUCUUUAGGUAGAGAAAUAGUGGAGCGCACGAUCGGGUUGCUCAAAAAUAGAUUUAGGUGUUUGUUAGGUGCUCGACAGUUGCACUACACUUCGUUAAAAGCAACUCAAAUAACGAACGUAUGUUGCAUCUUACACAACAUGUGUAUUGCGUAUGGAUUGGAAGAGCUAAGCUCAGAUGAAUAAAAG